CUCAAACAUCCGCCUUGUGCUUCACGUUAUAAACAAAGCGACGCCUGCGCUCACUCCGCCUCUAUCUGCGCUCUUUGAAGAGAGAGAAAGAAGAAGGUUUUUGCGGACUUUUGCCCCCCCUUUCUUGUUGUUGCGGGGACUGUUUCACUCCAGGACAAUCACAAGUGACAUCCACAGGAUCAACAGCUUUUGAAAUGGCUGACACCAUUGAGUCCAAACCUCUGCUGGAACUGCCGGGCCUGAUUGAGGCUGUACAGCAGCUUGUUAUCAAGGAACACGAUGUGGAGACUCCUUAUGGAAGAGUCCACUGUACAAUGAAGGGGGUUCCCAAGGGGGACAGACCAGUCCUCCUCACCUAUCAUGACAUUGGACUGAACCACAAAACUUGCUGGGACACGCUCUUCAACCAUGAAGACAUGUCCGAGAUCAUGCAGCACUUUGCCGUGUGUCACGUUGAUGCCCCCGGGCAACAAGAGGGAGCCAACACUUUUUCCACUGGAUAUGAAUACCCUUCUAUGGACCAACUCGCUGAGACACUCCCAGUUGUGCUGAAGCACUUUGGGCUGAAGAGUGUUAUUGCGAUGGGCGUUGGUGCCGGGGCCUACAUUCUGACCAGAUUCGCUCUGGACUACUCCAACUUGGUAGAGGGUCUGAUGCUCAUCAACAUCAACCCGUGUGCUGAAGGCUGGAUGGACUGGGCUGCACACAAGAUCAGCGGCUGGACCCACGCUGAGCCUGACACCAUCAUCUCCCACCUCUUUGGAAAGGAGGAGAUCCACAACAACCCGGACCUGAUUGCAACAUACCGCCACCACAUCAUAAAUGACAUGAACCCAUUCAACCUGCAUCUCUUUGUCAAGUCCUAUGAAAGCCGAAGGGAUCUGGAAAUUGAGAGGCCGAUUCCUGGAAGCCAUGUCAGAACCCUCAAGUGCCCUUCUCUGCUGGUGGUUGGUGACAGCUCUCCUGCUGUGGAGGCUGUGGUUGAGUGCAACACCAAGCUGGACCCAACAAAGGCUACCCUGCUUAAGAUGUCUGACUGCGGUGGAAUGCCCCAGGUUGACCAGCCAGCAAAACUGACAGAAGCUUUCAAGUACUUCAUUCAGGGCAUGGGAUACAUACCAUCUGCCAGCAUGACCCGCCUGGCCCGCUCCCGCACCGCGUCCGGCUCCAGUGUCACGUCCUUCGAAGGCAGCCGCUCCCGCUCCCACACUCACGAGGGGAAUCGCUCCCGCUCCCACACCAACGAGGGCCGCAACCGCAGCCACACGGCCGGCCAGCCCCACACGGACAGCCCCAUGGACGGUGCGGCCAACAGCAACGUGGAUCAGGGGGUCCCCAAGUCCACCGAAGUGUCCUGCUAAACGAAACCUCCACUCUCUGGACAAACAAACGUCUUAAGGUCCUUUUUCGGUUUGUGCUGCGCUGCCUCUAACUGACACACACACACUACUACGCACAUACACACGUACGAAUGUACGUGGAGGACACUAAGAUUUGUGCAAACGCACAAUGAACACUCUCCUGCAGAUAAUUUGGUGCAGUGGAGAGGCCUGAGUUAAAAAAUAUAAUAUCUUGAAGUAGGAGAUUAAAGGGUAUGCCUGUUUUAUUGUCCUGAGAGAAUCAGACGAUCCAAACUGGAAAAAGGCUCCUGAGUUCCUUGGUCACAUUAGUGUAACGUUAGGGGCAACGCAGCAUCUGGGAACACCGAAGCAGAGAAUGUUGAAGAAAGCUGUCGCCGCAGUGUACAUGUAUCGCUCAUUAUCUCUUAUAAAACGAAUUGUUUCAAUUUCUGCGUUUUUUUUUUUUUUGUUCAAUCAUUUAUUCUGUUAUUUUUUCAUGUCUGAAGUGUUGUUAUUGGUGUGUAAGAGCAGAUGUUUAGAUGGAGGGUGGGAGGCACUCGGAUAAACUGAACGCAAAUCACAAAUGAAAAAAAGAAAAAAAUCGUGUUUCAUGUUAAUGACCAUUGUCUGUCAUUUCUUUCAAACACCCUCUGUUUUUCUCUCUCUCUCUCUCUCUCUCUCUCUGCUUUUACAGAAGUUACAUAUCUACGCUUUGUUUUUAAUCAAAAAAAAACUACACACAUUUUAAAACUUUUACAUCUCAUGCUUUAUUAAAGAAUAAUGGCAGAAUACAAACGAAAAAAAAGAUUUCCCUUUUUUUUUUAAUGAUGAUUUCUAUGCAGUCAAUCACAAUGGAACAAAGAUGUGCCAUGAAAUUGUUCUCUCUGUAGAUGAGAUGCUCCUAUGUCGUGGAUUUCUCGGGUGAGUGGCGUGAUCGGUCCACAUGUCACCGCGAGGACGACACCCUCUACUCCUGCAUUAUACUUGCACUACAGAAACGUUUUUGCUUCGUAGAACAUACACAUACACAGCUUUGUAAAGAUGCAAUGUACAACCAUCUAAUGCUGUAGAAAAGCAUAAAAAUGACAUAACAGUUUGUAUUUAUUAAAAAAUUACAAUUAAAAACCUUGUAACAGA